CGUACUUCUCAUCAUGUCCGACCUCACCUACUAUAACUACCCCGGAGUGGGCGAGUCCAACCAGAAAAACUUCCACUAUAACCAGGCCGUCCGCAUUGGCGACAAAAUCGAAUGCUCCGGUCAAGGUGGCUGGUAUCCGGAGAAGGGCGUCUCUGAGAUUCCCCGCGAGAUCAACGCCCAGAUCGACCAAGCUUUCCGGAAUGUGGACCUGGCCUUGAAAACAGCCGGUGGCAAGGGCUGGUCGCAGGUGUACAAAGUCCGCUCCUACCACGUGCCACUCAACAACGAAGCAAAUGAGGCCAUGGUGCGCAAUUUCAAGAAGUGGAUGCCCAACCAUCAGCCCUUGUUUACUUGCGUGGGGGUUCAACGCCUUGGGGAAGAUGACAUGCGGGUGGAGAUUGAGGUAGAAGCUUACGACCCUCAACCUUGA